AUCAUUUAAGGUCUGAGAGGCAGACGAACAGAGGAAACAACCAUUUCUGCUCUGAGGAUGCUCUGUGGUCAAAUUACAGCAGUACUUCUCUGUCUACAAGUCACAGAGAGCUCAGCAGAACGACAGUAGCGAUGGAGGAAGAGGAGGUGAACUACGCUUCAGUCGUGUUCAAAGCCAACAAAAAUCCCACAGCUGAAGCUAAAAACACGGAGGAAACUGUGUACGAUGAAGUGAAAGUUAAAAACGAACCAGCUGAACAAACUGAGGACACAAAAGCAGAUGAGAAGGCAAAAAACAGACAUGGACACUUUCGGCAGCUGGCUUGUUGUUUGGGGAUUCUUUGUGUCGUGCUGCUGUUGGCCGUCAUAGGAGUCUGUGUCUACAUUACCACAUUAAAUCACACAAGUGAGCAGAACCAGCUCAGAGACAACCUAACGAUUCUCCAGGCAGUCAAUUUCAACCUGACUAACAUCAACGACAAACUGAACUCAGCUGUCAACAGUCUGACAGUCCAGUUAGACAACCUGAAUAAAUCCUAUGCUGACUUAGAGAGUAACAACAUGGACGUGAUUGCAGAAAACCAGAAACUGAAGACACAAAACCAGCAGCUGGAGACACAAAACCAGCAGCUGGAGACACAGAAGAAAAACUUGACUGAUAUGUUAGAAGACAUGGAGACAGAGAGGAAUGAGCUCAACGUGAGUCGAGCUCAGUGGAGCAUUGAUCAAUACUGCCCCAUAGUGGGAGCUGCAAGACAGUGUAAGUCCUGUCAGGCAGGCUGGAGACAUGACGAGUCCAGCUGCUACGCAAUUAAUGAUGCUAAACCUCCUGGGCAGAAAACCUGGGCUGGAGCACAAGUAGACUGCAAGGGAAAGAUUUCAGAAUUGCCUGUUAUAAAUAAUGCAAAGGAGAAGCAACACAUCCAUGCAAUCAGUUGGAACAUUCCAGAAAUCAGUGGAUACUGGAUUGGCCUGAGAGUAGUAGAUGGGAAGUGGACGUGGGUCGAUGGAAGUAAUCUGACUGACAUCUCCUGGAUACAACCAGCGACUCCUACUGAAGGUCACUGUGCCAUUUCUGUCCAGAACCAAGGACUGAAAUCAGUGAACUGCAGUGAAAUGAACGCGUGGAUCUGUGAAAAGAAGGCUUUGUCUCUUAAAUCACCUUAGUGAAACUUGAGAAGGUUACCAGAUUGUGGUGCAGUGGUUAGCGCUGUAGCUUCACAUCAACAAGGUCCUGCGUGAGAGACGCAGCGAGCAGGGCAUUUCUGUGCAGACUUUAGAUUUGGAUGUUGUAGCUGUGAAUGUGAGUAUGAAUGGUUGUUUGUCUCAGUAUGUCAGCCCUGUGAUUAACAGACAGCUUAUCCAGGGUUUAUGCUGCUACUUGCCCAAUGUGAGCUGGGAUCAGCUCCUGCCGCUGCAAGGAUGAUGAAUGAAUGCAUUUUAAAUGUGUGUGUGUGUUCUUCAACUUUCAUCAAGAUGCAGCUAGCACAUGUUUUAUGUCAGAAUCAAGUGAUAAACGGUAAUCAACACUUCCUUUGUAUCCUGAUGUGAAGGAUAUUAAAGCUUAUAGUUGGUCGUCUAAGAAGCAUGUUUUGUCUCACAUGUAGACAUAGAUGUGGCUGCUGCAGACCUCUAACAAUUUGUUUCUAAAUGCUAAAAUGUGAGCUUGACAGUGGUGAGUACUUACACUAGCCAUGUUACUUGUUUCGGCUGUUGUGAUGAUGCAAUAUGUUUUAUUUUAUUUUUUUUACAUGUGAAUGAGACAUGUGAGUUGUAAAUGGUUAGUGAUGACAACUAAGCACUAUGCUCACAGCCUAUUGAGCCUGCCAUUCAGCAGCUAAUCCAGUUAGCAUGAAGCACACAUUCAUGGUAAGAAGAAGUAGCCUUUUCAGACUGAAGUACAUUCAUGAUGAAUAUUUUGCUUGUGUUUAUGUGACUGUGUCAUUCAACAGAGUUGUUUGAGUGUAUUUAUUUGACAGAAACAGCUAAUGGAGCUUGGUGACUUUAACAAACUAGCUGCAAACUUGUUGUUCAGCAGCUAACUCAGUUAUCCUGAAACACACGGCCCCUGACCCAGAGAACAGAGCUCUUGCUUGUUUGCACGUCCCUUGAUGCAUAAACUUGGUUUUCCAGUUGCGUAUUUACAAAUGUAGCUCAUUCCUGCUGGUUUCUACAAGCCAACCAUCCCCAGCUUCAACAUGUAGGGGUAACUGCUUUGUUUUAUUUGUGUAGCUGGCAGGUAAUUCCUCAAGACUGUAAGGCAUUAGAUUCAAUUACAGAGAAUAGAAAUGCUGCCAGACAUUUUUGUUUUUGCCUUUUUUUCUUACAUAACUAUAAAGAAGGUUUUAUCUGUUCGACCACUGCAGUGAAACUUGAGAAGGCUACUGGAUGCUCUGUAAAGAUUAAUUAAGUGGCACAUGGCUGUUUGGGUGAUUCAGUAAUAUCUGUUAUUCACUGUUUUAUCACUGUGGUUUUAGUCUUUGCUUUUUAGGCUUGAUCAUUUCUUUUUUUUGUGAUGAAUGAACAACAGACACUUAGGUGUAAUUUAUUUACAGAUUUUGAAUUAUGUGUUCUGACCAUAGAUGACACCAGCAUUUAAAAGGAUACAGUGUGAGGUCUUAAAUUGCUCUAAAGUGAUAAUCAUAACCAAAUCUCAAUGUGUUUUUCUUCUGAUUUGUCAGAGAUGCUGUGCUAAGAACUUAUCAGCAGAUGUUGACGCUGGUUGCUCAACAGUGAGGGGCUGCAUCACCUGUUCAUAACAGAAUCAUCCCAAAGCUGUUACAGUAUUUGUAUUCUGAUGUGAAGAAUAUUAACAUGAAUAGCUGACAGUUCAGUUGGUGUGUGUUUAUCUUCAAACUCCUGUUGGAUUUAAUAAAAAUGUUUUCACACA